AUGAUCGUAUGGGUUCAUCUCCCCGAGUUGAAAAUCCACUUCUACCACAAGGAGGUGUUGACGACGUUGGGCAACUUGAUCGGCCGCACGAUCAAACUCGACUACCAUACCCUCACCCAACAGAGGGCGAAGUUUGCAAGGCUGGCAGUGGAAGUUGACCUCUCUAGGCCUCUUGUUCCAAGAAUUUGGCUGGACGACGACUGGCAGCCGGUUGAAUACGAAAAUCUACCAGUCGUGUGUUUUGAGUGCGGGAAAAUUGGCCAUUCGUCGGCAUCCUGCCCCCUGCUCCGACCUGCUCCUGUCCCGACGGUUGCGAAUACCCCUGCCGGCGGUCACCAAGCUUCGCCGGAGGUUGCUCCGGAGCCUAACGCGGGUUUCGGCCCGUGGAUGCUUGUCACGCGAAAAGGCCGGCGGAAUCAGAGCGAGUCGAACAAUAAAGGAAAGGAGAAAGUUUCGGGGAAUCUCAUAAAAGCCAAGGAGAAGGUUCUGGGGAAUUCCCACCAUGAGAACGCGGAAAAAAUUGGUAAGGGGGCUCUGAAGAUCAGGGAUUUGGAAGCUCCCUUACCGGUGGUGACGCAGCAGCCCUCGGCUCUCCUGCAACGGGCUUCGAACCAGAUUAGGAAAGACAAUGGGGGAAAACAGUCAGGGGGAGAGAGGAGGAAUGGUAAAGAGGCUUUGAUUGAGGAAGGGCCGCCCAUUGGAAGAGGCCUGCUGGGCCCUGGCCCAUCUAAGGGAGCUGCCACUAAAAAGGGUCAGCCCAAAUCGGAGGGCCUCUCGGCCUCCUCAUCCAGUACCAAACAGCCGACUCUCUCCGGGUUACCUAGCAGGCCGAACGGGGAAUCUUCUUCUGGGCCUCAUGGGCAGGACAGCCCAAAGGCUCCGCUCCUCUUCCCUUCAUCUGGGCCUCACGGGCAAGACAACUCAAAGGCCCGACCCAUCUCCCCCCCUCCCACGCUGGUUUCCACUGGGCCGAACGGGACGGUUUUGCAAGUGAUUCAGGUUCCUUCCCAGGACGAGGGGCAGCAGCGCCGAUCGGAUCUUUCCUCCCCGUCAACGGCCAACCGAACAAAAGGCAAGAAGAGCUCCAAGGGACGUUCGAAGAAGGGAUCGCCUGCGAAGCUGAGUCCGGUCCGCCCACUCCAAAUUUGGUCUCCGAUGAAAGACAGAAAAGCCAAAUCGAAAUCAAGGAUGGCAUCUCUCACCCUUCAGGAGAUUUCUGCUUGGACGGAGGCGGCUCAAUCGGCGACGACUUUUCCUGCGGUGAAGGGUCUGAGCAGCGUCCCUCCUCCCCCCUCGAGCCAACGAGAAACGACGGGAGACCCCGCCCCCUCUUCGGUCUUAACUGGUGGAUCCGCCUGA